AUCCGGCAGCAUGUUUUCGACACACAAGUGACAGUCAACAUUGCAGAAUCAAUUCAAACUAUAGGACGGCUGUUAGGGGUAGCAGUCGUGUUUUUAAUGAUCGUUAAGUUCUUUGAUCAAAACACAAGAUGAACAUGAAAUAAGAUCUGCACAUUGAUUUUAAAUUUAAAGUGUCAGUGCGUAGCGUGUAGCACACAGAUAAGACGGUAACCUGCAAAGUGCGGUUUGGAUUUGUUGGUUCGUAAAGGGUUUAAGAAUCGCGAUGGAUAAUUUAGACUUUACAUUUUCUGCACCUGGCAAAGCUAUCCUCCACGGAGAACACGCCGUGGUCCAUGGAAAAGUGGCCCUGGCAGUGAGCUUGAACCUACGGACUUACCUGCGCCUACAGUCCAGCUCCACUGGGAAAGUGAGCCUCUGUCUACCCAAUAUCCACACUUUCAUGUCCUGGGAUGUCUCCUCUCUGCUGCCACUGCGAACUAAUACAGCAGCUGACCCAAAGGAUAUGUGUGAGCUGGAUGCAGUGCUGGUGCAGAGGCUGCACCAUUUCACAGGUUUUCCCAGUGAGACGCCCGACACCAGUGCUAUGGCUAUCAUGGCCUUCCUCUACAUUUACCUUUCCGUCUUUGCCGAAUCGCGGUUGCUCCCGAGUUUCUCCAUAUCGGUGUGGUCGGAGUUACCCCCCGGGGCUGGUCUCGGCUCCAGUGCGGCGUACUCUGUCUGCCUCUCAGCGGCCAUGCUGUCUCUCAGAGGCUCUGUCUCCUCUACCCUGGUGGGGACAGAGCUCACAACAGGGUGGAGUAAAGAGGAGCUGGAGCUGAUCAACUCUUGGGCAUUUCAGGGAGAGAGGGUGAUCCAUGGCACUCCAUCUGGAGUGGACAACGCGGUGGGAACGUGGGGAGGUAUUUUGCGAUAUCAUGCUGGGACCAUCACGCCCCUGAGCAGGGUCCCCGUAUUAAGAAUCCUGCUCACGAACACCAAAGUCCCACGCAGCACGAAGUCACUCGUCGCCGGAGUGAGGGACAAAAUUAAAAAGUUUCCCUCCGUGAUGCAUCCAGUACUGGAGUCGAUCGACGCUGUUUCUGCCACCUGUGAGCGCACUCUGGAGGAAAUGGCCAGUGACCCAAUGCCAGAGCACUAUGCUGUCUUAGAGGAACUGAUAGACAUCAAUCAGCACCACCUGGCAGUGCUGGGUGUUGGACACGCCUCCCUGGACACCCUGUGUCGCAUCACGCUGGCUCACGGGCUGCACAGCAAACUGACGGGCGCGGGGGGAGGGGGCUGUGGCAUCACCCUCCUCAGGCCAGAUGCUGACUGGUCUGUGGUCCAAAAUGUCAUCCAGGAACUAAAAGACUGUGGCUACGAUUGCUGGGAGACAAGCAUCGGCGUACCGGGUGUGUGCCUGCAUUCUGCGUCCUCCCUCACAGAGGAGGUGGCCCAGGCUUUGAAUAGCAACUGAGAGCAUCUGCAGGUGGUCAAAGCUGGAGGAACAGAUUGCAUCACGCCUGCCUGGGGAUCAGUCUGAACUCUCUCGCUCCUCUCUUUCCGAAAUGGUGGAGUUGGCAAUGGACCGGGACGCAGUCCAGAGUCACCGCAGAGUCCACAGUGCGUUCUAGCAAAUUCCACGCUUUUUCAAGUCAGGCGCAGAACAAAUGUGUAGCAGCCUGAAGUCGGCGUGAAGCGAUGGGAAGGGAAUGUUGUACCUUCAAACGGAGUAAACAGUUACAUCAGUUGCAGAUGUGUUAAUUAAAGGGAAGGUAAAAUCCGA